GCACAGUCAACAACUGCCUCUCAUUUGCGCCACUCUUCUCUGAACGCUGAACUCUGAAAGAUGCACGGAUACCGAACCUACAACAUGGAGAGCCACCAUGCCCACCACGACGACAGGAGCGUGGACCAGAAGCCGCUGGUCGUGGACCUCAUGGCCAACCAGUAUGGAAAGCCCCAGACUCCUCCACCCUCGCCAAAUGAAUGCCUAUCCAGUCCGGACAACUCUUUGAAUGGCAGCCGUGGCUCUGAGAUUCCCGCUGACCCCUCUGUCCGUCGCUACCGCACCGCCUUCACCCGUGACCAGCUGGGCCGCCUGGAGAAGGAGUUCUACAAGGAGAACUACGUCUCCCGCCCCCGCCGCUGCGAACUGGCCGCCCAGCUGAACCUGCCCGAGAGCACCAUCAAGGUGUGGUUCCAGAACCGCCGCAUGAAGGACAAGCGCCAGCGCAUCGCCGUCGCCUGGCCCUAUGCCGCCGUCUACUCCGACCCCGCCUUCGCCGCCUCCAUCCUCCAGGCGGCGGCCAACAGCGUGGGCAUGCCCUAUCCGCCCUACGCCCCAGCGGCCGCUGCUGCUGCUGCCGCCGCCGCCGCCGUGGCCACCAAUCCGAUGAUGGCCCAGGGAAUGCCGCCCAUGUCCAUGCCCCAGAUGCAGGCCAUGCAGAUGCCCGGACACUCGGCGCACCCCGCUCCCUACGGACAGUACCGCUACACGCCCUACCACAUCCCCGCCCGCCCAGCUCCGCCCCACCAUCCCGCUGGCCCUCAUAUGCACCCGCACAUGAUGGGAACCAGCGCAUCGGGCUCCUCGUACUCCGCUGGAAACGCCGCUGGUCUCUUAAGCGCCCUGCCCUCCGGCUCCUGCUACCCUGGAUUGGCCGUCGGUGUGGGUCUGCCCAAGACACAGACGCCCCCGCUGGACCUGCAGUCCUCCUCAUCGCCGCACUCCUCCACGCUGUCGCUCUCGCCAGUGGGAUCCGAUCACGCCAAGGUGUUUGACCGCAGUCCAGUGGCUGCUGCCUCCUCCGGCCGCCCCCUGACCACCACCAGCCCCCUGCCCGCCCCCGGCCUGCUGAUGCCCAGCGGAAAGCGGCCCGCCUCCGACAUGUCGCCGCCGCCCGCGACCACCGUGAUUGCGGAGCCCAAGCCGAAGCUCUUCAAGCCCUACAAGACUGAGGCGUAAUACUCGAAAUCCAGAUCCCCCAAAAGAUUGUACAAACUAGGCUUAGUCACCCUAUUUAUUCCCGAAGAUUGUACCAUACUGUAGAUCUAAGUAGCUAAUCGUAGUC